GUUUGAAGUUUGUUUUAGAUUUGCGGCUGGGCUUGGUGUUUUCGUUUUCCAGGCCGGUAGUAAAUAAGACGCAGGAUGUCUUCCGUAGAAAUCUCUGUAGAGGCUCCGAUCGAACAUCAAAUUCAGGAGAUUGCAUACGACGGGACAGAAAUAUAUCAACCUCCUUUGACUCUUUCCGAAAAUCUAUCAAAAUGUGCAGCGCGUAUUGACUUCAGUAAAACUUCUCUUGAAGAUUUGAAAAAGGAGGACGACAAGAAAGGCGAUGAAGAUGUGAAGGACCCAACACAAUUGCAAUCUAGCUUGUGGCCGUGGGAUUCGGUCAGAAAUAAGCUACGCGAUGCAUUCACGGAAAUUUGCGUACUUUCUGACGUCCUGUCAAUUGCUAAAGAGAAGCGAUACCUGGUUCUUGAUCCAGUCCCACAGGAACUGCAAGAUACAAAACCAAUGGUGCAGGUUUACGCCCGGAAGAAGGCUCUCAGUCAGGCAGCAAAUGUGCUCAUGAGUGGCGCUGAACGACUACGAAACACGCACAGCGAACAGCGUAACAACCGGAAUGACUUUCACAUUGAACUACUUCGUUUGAGGCAAAAUUGGCGUCUGAAAAAAGUAUCGAAUACCAUCAUUGGGGAUCUGAGUUACAGAACGGCUGGAUCCAAAUUCAUGCAUCCAGGAACCUUCGAAGUGACGAAAGCUGAAGAAGACCCACCGUCAGAUGGCAAUUCCCCCUCUAGUAGUCCAGCAGCCGGCGCACAACCUCCUUGCCCAAAAGCAAAUUCUGCUCUUCGUGUGAACGUUCCCUCAGAACUGCAAGGUGUCGCCUACAUAAAAGUGAUUACCCAGAAAGAUCAGGAGGAUCUUUGUACUGCAAACGUGAAUCUUAUGGGUCAUGGACAGAAUAUUACUCCACAAGUUGGCGUAUGGCAGAAAACUUUAGAAUUUGCUCAGAACGUUUUGUUCUGUAAAGAAUUAUUCAGUCAGCUAGCGCGCGAAGCAAUUCAACUCCAGGCACCUAUUCCACACGUCGUUGUGGGGAACCAAAUACGGGCAACCCUCUUGCCUGGCAUUCAACUGAUUAUCUCCCUCUGCCACUCGACAGGUCAAGAUCCAACUCCGCCGGGUCCUAUAAACGACCACGAUCAUGUCCUUGAGCACUCAUUGCAUCAGCUACUACGCGAAGUUCAUCAUAAGAAUACACAUCACCCCUUUCCACACCCUGCAAGUGGUCCUCUAGGCCCCAGCAAGAAGCACAUGUUGGCCGGGCCAAUGGCGGCGGAUCGUCAUGAACUCUUGGAAAUGUCCAAAUCCCAAACUUUGCUCGAACAAAUUAUCUCUCAAGCUCAACAUAUUUUCAUGCGAAAGCGCACGCAGUAUGUCCUCGAUACACUAGCGAGAGAUGUGAAAGAUCCCCAAAUUGUCUCCCACUGGAACUUGAUGAACAGCCCAACUAUGUCCUGUGUGAAAAUUAAUAUCGUGACCCAUGGGUACGACACAAUAAAUCGAACGUCGUUGGUCAUUCAUGUUAAGGAGCGCUCCCUGAAGUGCAUUUGUCGCGAUGGACGCGUAAUGCAUCUUUCGUACGAACCGCAGGAAUUGCGCGACUUGAUCCUAUGUCAAAUCAAUCAACAUCAAAGUGCUUGUCUGCUGAAUUUAGCCAAAUGCAUGGCGUGGCAGGUGCUUUCGAAUAGCAACCACUUGGGUAUUGGUCCUGUGGAGCCAUUGGGGAACGCUAGUUCUUGUCUUUUGGCAUCGCCAAACGGUGACCGAAUGAUUGCUGUUCAAAUCAUUUGUGAUCCGCAAAUCGAUGUUAAAGUUUAUAUUGCACGUAGCCCAAGGCAGGACUUCUUCCCGAGCCCACUAGUGCCCGGAAAGUUUUGGGAGCAUUUAGGCGGGCAUUUUAAAGAGGUCCGUUUCGACAAGUUGGAGGGUAAAAACUUCUUGAAUAAGAUGGAAUUCUUGAUGGCCAGUUUGACGAGUUCAUCGUAGGCUGUUAAUGCGGAGUUAAUUUUUUUUAUAAUUAUUAUGAAUCAUAAGCUAAAUUAGAAUAAAUUAUAUUGGAAAUUGAA